CUGCCACCAACUUCCAUACAACGAAAAAAAACAACAAUACAAAACAAUCUGUAGUCUUUUAGAAUUAGAUUGUUGUGAACGAACCAUCAUAAUGUGCAAAUUACUUAAGAUCUUAUUAUGCUAACUGCUGUAAUGUGGAAUGAAAUUCUCAACACUAAGUUCGCUUAAUGGCUAAAUUUAAGGUAUCAAAUCAUGUAAUGUAAUGAAAUGAAAUUGAAAACUAAUCUUAUAACUUAUUCUAAUCUAGGCCUAAUUCAAUUAUUUAGUUCUAAUCUAAGUCUAACUAGACUAUCUUAAGUAUAUUAAGUAUAUAUGGCUGUUUCAGAUUUAGCGGCCCACGUUGACUUUGUUAAGGUUAGGCAUAGGGAUUGAUUUAGGGUUUAGGGUUUGAUUUAGGGUUCGGGUUAGGCUUAGGGCUUAGGGAUAGAUUUAAAUUUAGGGUUCGGGUUAGGCAUGGCAUGCGGCAUAGGGAUCGAUUUAGGGUUCGGCAUAGGGAUCGAUUUAAGACGUUAAAGUGCGCGCAUGGAAAUAAACGCGUGCCGCUUAUAUAUGCUUAUAAAUAUAAGCUUUAUCAAAACAACAAUAUCAUCUUUCAGCUUUUAUUUAUGAUAUGGAAGUCAUUCUAAGUCUGCUCUAGCCUGUAGUCACUGUAGAGGUAGAGUGUGGGCUGUGGCCAUGCCAUACUGCCCGUAGCCUAUGUAGGCCACUGAAGUCAAUAUAGAGUAAUUUUUUAAUUUUAAUUACGACUAGUCUAAGUUCUUAAAACUUAACUUGCCCUAUAUUUAAAGGCCUUUAUACUUCAUUAUAGAGUAAGUUAAGAUAUAUAGUAUAGUAUAGGCUUACAAUAUACUCAUAAGUCCAUGGCAUUUUUUGACCAAUUUAUGAAAAUGCUAUGACUAGUUUAUACACACAAUAAUAUAAAUGUCUCAUAUGUCACUCUGUAAGUAUAUCUGACACCCCACUAUUUCAUUUCAUCAAUAAAAGAUAUAUUAUAUAGGCAGUGGUGCCUACAUCAUGACCCCCCCUCCCCCACUUUUUGAAAAAAAAACAAUUGAAAACCGAUUUUAUAAUUUAUAUCUAUAACUCAUGAUAUACAUUACAUAUACAAUGCUUUUUUCAAUAACAGGGUGCCAGGCCUGUCAUUUUAAUUUUGCGGGGGGGUCGGGGGUGUGAAAUCUGGAAACCUAAGGCUUCAGAAGAGAACGGGGCAGGCAGGGUACUCAUUGACUGACCCUGUCAUCACACAGUUUAUGUGAGCCAGUUUGGGAUUCACACCAGUGACAUUAACUAUAUGAGUUUUUGUUACUUCUAAGUGUUUCUCAUAAAUAAUAUCCAGCAGCUAUUAAGGUCCUCAGAAAAUAUUUUAUUAUUAGAUGCCUACAUCAGUACAGUACCGGUAGCAAAUGUCAUGUUACCUGUUUAAAUGGUUUGAGAUGGGUGUUGAUUUGUCAGUCAGGACCAUCUAUUUAUGUAUACACAUAUAUCUUUUACUUGCUAUAAUUAAAAUUUCAAAGCUUUCUUAUGUUUGAAAAGCCAAUUAGAAGCAAAUUAAUACAGUUUUUUAAUUUUUUUAUUUCAGUGAUGGGUUAGGAAUAUUAAUAGUUUCUGUGGUUGAUUCUUUAAAGUUUUGAAACUGAGAAUGAGUGAUAUAAAUUUAAAUAACAGUUCAGAAGUUAUGGAAUUGGAUAAAUCUAAAGAAAUUAUAGAACUAACUAACAAACUGUUACAAAAGGAUAAAGAUAAUGAGCAGCUUACCAGACUAUUAUCAAAAACUGAAAGACUUCUCCAAAGAGCUAACAACUACAAUGAAGAUCUUAGAAAAGAGCUGUCUGCAUUGAAUUCCAAACUUCAUGAUUAUAGAAACUGUAAUAACAAAGAUGUAUCAACACAAGUUUCAGAAGCAGCCAUUGAGGAAGGUAAACUGCAAUAUUUUGAUUUCUAAACAAUUUUAACUACCAAUGUUUAGUCAUUAAUUUUUUUUUAUAUAAAAAAAGAUCAUUAAAGAAAAAUGUCACAAAUUUAAGGUGUUGUCAUAUGAAUAUUUUUGCUGGUUUAUUAACAGCAAGUUGCUCUUUUAUGUUGUCAAUGAAACAAAACUAUAAUCAAUGCUAGCUUGACUCUUGAAAUAAUUUUACACUCAAACAAUAUGUAAAGAAAUAUGGAAAGCAAGGAUUUGCCAACACAAUGCUGUCAUUUUCUUGUAAUUUAGUCUGGUUUAGUUGUGUAAACGAUUUAAAUUGAUGUGCAUGUGCUUUAUAUGUCAUUAAAAUUAACUUAAUAAUUUGCAAAAGAGCUCUCCAUGAAAUCACCAAUAUAAAUAUAUUUUUUUAAUGCCCGGUACUCGAAAAUAAAAAUGAUAGAUAUGGAAAUAUCCAGGAAAGAACACUACAAGGCACUGUAUCAGAUUUACCACUUCUUUCCUAGGGACUUUUUAUAAUCUGAAACAAUUAAAAAAAAGAGGUAAAAGGGUAAAAAUUAUGGCUAACUCACAUAUUAUUGCCAACUCACAAAUUAUGGCCAACUCGCUUAAGUUAAAAUGAAUUAUAGAUAAAAAAUACCAAAAAAAAAAAAAAAAAAAAAAAAAAAACCAAAAAAAAAAAAAAAAAAAAAAGAGAUUUGUAAAACAAUUUAAUUUUGCUGUAAUGGCCCUAUUUAAAAAAUACAUGAUUUGAUAUUUCAGCUUAUGGUAACAAACCCAUGCCAGAGUGGGGAGGCAACACAAUUAAGGUGAGUUAGCUCAUUCUAACAAAUUAGCCUUGAGGUGUUACAGAUAAAUCCCAUUAUUAAGUUCUCGUUUAUUGUAAUUUGAUUUAGUAGACUAUUUAUUAUCAAUCAUGCAUGAUCGUCUAUUUUCACAAAAAAAUCAUGCUAAGUUCAUUUUUCAUUAUUAUAUGAAAUGUCUCUGCAAUAAUAUAAAUAAUUUUCAUUACAUUUUGGUUCCUAUCUGUUCAUCAACUUGCUUUUUAAUUCAUAUAGCCAUGCCUGAGUUUUACAGGACUAAUCCAUUAACUUUAUAUUUCUAAUACAAGAAUUCAAGCACUAUGUCUAUUGCUGAAACACUGAAAGCUGCAGCUGAAGCUGAGUUACAGAACUUGUUAAAUCCUGAAUCAGAGAAUCAGUCUAAAUCUAAUGAAGAAGCACAAAAACAGAUACAGGAAGAUACAACUUCUGAGUAUAUCUAUGACGCAGCCACUGGUUUUUAUUAUCACCCUGCCACAGGGUAUUAUUGGGAUCCAGUAGGUGUUUCAUUGAUCUAAUGUGUUUGUAUGUGUGACAUAAUAAAAGUAAAUUUAUUUAAUCUUUUAAAAUGACAAUGAAAAUUUUUAAAAAUGCUGUGCACAAUGUGUAUCGGUACGUAUCACUGAAAUGUCUUUGACUUUAUGGUGGGAUUAACCAAGCUAAUCUAAAAUUAAUAUGUUCAAAAGUAAUAAUAUAUAUGAAUGAAGUUCAUUUGCUUGCAGAGCUCCGAGCUGUUCUAUGAGUACACAACAGGAACUUACUAUCAAUAUGACCAACAAACUGGAGAAUAUAAAGUACAUUCUGUUGUAGAAGCCACUGGAAAACCUCACACAUUGUCAGGGAAUUCGACAGGUCAAGCCCAGGUAUCGGUGGUCUCUGUUUUUAGUUUAAUUCAAGAAACAUUUAUACAUGUAAUAAUGAUUUUUGACAUUUAACUAAGAUAUUUAGGGCUUAAUCUUAAACACAUUUUGAAAUGAUUAAUUUUGGCUUACUUCAAGUGUUGCACACUUUUGUUCCAGUACUAUUCAUUUUGGCCAAGCAACCCCGUUGAUGUGGACAGUUUGUCAUGCCAACUUUCUACUAUGAAAAUAGAUCCACAUCUGUGCAAGAUAAAUGCACUAGGUAAAUUUGAACUUGUCAAUGUAAGCUUAGUUAUUCUCUUAUCAAAAUGUUUCAUUUUUCUUCUCUUUCAGAAAAAAUACCCAAGCAGACAUUCAACUAAUAUGAAAGGCUCAAAGAAAUCAAGUGUUACAAAGAUGUUAACGAGAAGAAAGAAGUCUUCAUCCAGAUCAAAGAAAUCCAAAAAUAACUGUGAUGGUGUUGACAAGGGACAUUUAAGCAAAAUAAAGCAAAAGAGUUCUUUUUCACUUAAGAGCAUUGUAGUAGAUAAUAAAUUAUCGACAGAACAUAAUGUUGAUCUCAAGUGUGAGGAAGAGGAUGCCACAGUCAUGCAACUGGGUGAUGAAUCCAAUGAAUGUAUCAGUGAAUCUUCUGACAGUCUUGCUACAGAUGAAUCUGAGCUUGUAUCUGACCUAGAAUCUGGAGAACUUACUGGAGACAGUUCAGGAUCUGAUGUAGAAAUGAUAGACACGGAGACAACACAUUUACUUGAUUCAUCACAUCAUGGGACAGAAUAUUUUGACAAUUCAAUUCCAUCAUUAGCUGGUUUGAUUUAACAUUAUUCUUCCAAUGUUUUGGGAAGAUUUUAACUUUAACUUUUAUUUAAGGUCUACAUUUGAUAGUAAUUAUAAUCUAAAAGUUUCCAAUAUUGUUUAUUUUUUUCAAUGUUCUGCAAAGAUUUUUUUUCUUCAAAGUUCAGAUCAUAUUCCCCAACUAUUUCACCCCAAAAAAUCAACUACAUAGAUAAUAUGUAAUUAAUACUAUGUAGCAAGAUAAUUUAUGGGACAUUCAAAGGAGAAAUUCAACUGUGGCUGGGUAAACAUUACCAAAUAAUUGUAUAAAAUCAAAAUAAAUUCAAAAUCAAAUUUUUUUGUAUGCAAUCUUCAUAUGAGCUGUGGAAAGUAACCUCACAAUGAAUUGUAAAAAAUUAAUCAUUAUUUUUUUUAGGAUGUUUUCUGUCUGGGGAAAAAUGGAAGAUUCUUGGAGGAAUGUAGAUGAUCUCAUUUAAAAAGAUGAAACAAUUUUUCCUUUGACAGAAAUAGCAGAGAAUCACCCUCCAUGUAUAAGAGUGAUUGUCCAAGAAUCUGAACAUCUUUCAUUGGGUGCUUUAUAUCUUAUAACAUGUGCCGGAGGCAGCAUUGGUCGUGAGAAAAAUAUGGGUCAUGCCAUUGAAAUACAUGAUAGUAAUAUCAGCAAGGUUAGUGUCAAGCAUUUAAUCUAAUAGUGUUGAUUAGGUUAUAUUAUAUCUAAGAAAACUGAAUUAAAAACUGUGAAAUUUAUGUGUAUCGCCAUUUGGAGAUAUUUUUUUUAUUAUGGCAGACUACACUGUGUAAUAAUUUAAUAAUAAACUAACAUCCGUUUUUAAACUAAGGUAAACUUCUUUCAAAUCUAAUUAAUUUUUUCCUACAUCUAAUUAUGAAAUAUUUGCAAUAUCAGUUCUAGUAAAUGUUUUACUCUUCAAAAGAAACGAAAAUAAUUCUAUUCAUUUCGUCAGUUAAAAUCGAGUUUGUUUCUAAUGCUUAAGUUUAAAAGAAACUCUUGUACGAUUCUGUUGUCAGCUCCAUGCAGAGUUGAUUUACGACUAUGAAAAUAGUUGUUACACCAUCACAGAUAAAGGAAGUCAGAAUGGUACUAUUUUAAAUGGGAAUCGAAUGUCGCAGGUGAGUGAGUACAACAAACUGUGAUAAAGUGGUCAGUAUUUUAGGUUACAUUUUUUUAAGGUCACCUUAAAAUAUCAUAUUUUCAUUUUAGAAUUAGAAGUUAUAAUAAAUUAUAUACCAGUAUAUAAAAAUAUUUCAAAAUAUAAACUCUAUCACAUCUGGGGAAUAGAAUAUACUCUUGCUUGAAGUUGAAGUUAUAACUAUAAUGCUGGUUAAUUUUAGUGUUCAAUAAAAUGAAAAUCAAAUGUUGCUUAACAGGUUAAAUCUGAGCUUUUAUAAUACUUGAAACUGAAGCCAAUCAUUUGUUUAUCAUCAGAGUAAGUCUCCAAGUUUAAACCACAAAUUAUCUCAUGGGGACAUUCUUGAACUGGGCACUACAAAGUUACUGCUUCAUAUUCACAAAGGUCAUGACACAUGUGAAGAUUGUGAACCCGGUCAGGUCCAGGCUAAACUAAAAGCCAUGAAUCCAAUAAAAAAUGGUCAGUAUUGAAGAGUUUUGGGAUGAAUUCUAAAGCAUUUAUUGUUUCAUUGCAAUUUUACAGGAUUUUUAUUUGCUGGAUGGAAAAAAAUCAUUUUACCUUGUAAAGCAUAUUAACUGUAUAACCCAUUAAAACAUGGAUUUUUACGAAGUAUUUUGUUUCAUUGUCAGUCUCUAGUUACUGCUUUUAUUAGUUCAUCCUUUAAUGAGUUGAUCAUAAUCAAACCAAGGCAUUUCCUUAUCCCCAGCAAUUAAUUGUGCUUACAUCAUUGUGGAGUUGUUUUCAUGAAGUUUCACAUGCUUGAUCUAAAUUUUGCACACCAUACUGCUAGUGUAGUCAUAAUUUAUAUGCAUCUCAUUAACAGAUUAUGUUGUACUGAGCAAGGAGGAAAGGAACAAGCAAAGAAGAAAAGAAUUAAAAACUAUCAAGAAAAAAUAUGGACUACAGGUUGUUCUUCUUUUCACAUCGUUGUGUGUUUUUUAAAAUAUUAUUAUAAUUUUACUUGUACCAAAGCCAGCAUGCGUAACUGUUGAUAUUAGUACCCAUUUUGACUAUAAUUUUUGUCACCUUAACCUUUAUGCUCCAGUGAUCUCCAAAUCCAUCCAACAUUUCCAAAUAAUUAAUGGUUAACAAACUAAAAGCAAUUUUCUUUCAUUGGUUUAGAGAAUUGAAUAGCAAUUAAUCGUAUAGCAAUCACAAAUAAAUUUAGCCUAAUAUUUUACUUACAAAGUAAUAGACACCCAAUAUUAAGAAGUUUUUAAUGUGUUGUGUUUAUAUUUUGUACACAAAGUAAAUUUUAAAAUGUCUUUAACGCAGAAAAUUGUUCACUUGAAAUAAUAAAAAUACAUUCUGGCCCAUCUUGGUAUGCAGCUAUAUUGAACAUAUAUAGUUGAGUAGAAAGAGAGGAAGACAUGGGCACCUCAGACCAGUCAGUCUAUAACACUAAUGAAUUAGAAAAACUAGUUUUGGAUUAUAACAUUUGUAUAUUCAUGAAACUCUUUCGAGAGGCUCAGUCACAUUUGUAUUCAUUUUUGUUGAUAUUAAAACUUUCUUUCUAUUAAUAGAGCUCUUUACCUCUUUUCACAGAAUUCUAGCUAUGAAAAUACAGGUGCUGUCCUUUCCAAUGCUGACUACUGUGAUAAGGCGCAUUUAAGGAGGAAAUUUAUUGGCAGUGAAGCUAAUAUUCAUAGAGAGGAUGAAAGGCCUGCCUCAGUACAAAGGUGACAUUUAUAUUUUUUUUUAUAAGCAAUGUUCCCUCUUAUUUUUAUGAGGCUUGUAUGUAUAUAAAUUAUAAAUACAUUAUAUACAUAAACUAUCAUCACCAUGUGGCACAUUACUUAAUUUUUUAACUAUUAAUUUUUUAAACUUACGUUUUUAUAAUUUUUUUUUUUACAACUUCCCGGGUUGAAUAAUGGGUAGAAACAUUAUUUGCAUAGUAAUUGAAAUAAAAAAUUCCUGUCUUAUUAAAAUAUAUGUAAACACUUGCUGUGUUCACUGGCUUUACAAAUUGUGUGCAACUGGACACAGCUUAAGAUAAAACAUUGGCUUAUAUGUCUCUAUUGUUAUAUCGUAUAUUUUAUAUUUAAAACUGGUUCUGAUAUUUUUGUAUGUUACAAAUCGGCUUUGAAUAAACUGACGUGUUGCAUUGCAAUUUUUUUGAAAACAUUCUCACGCUUGAUGAAAUUAUUCUCUCUCCAUAUUUAUCUUACUAUGAUGAUGCACACCAUUUUUGUAUUCUUUAUUGUUUUAUUAGUUUCAUGGCACUUAUAAAUAAACUGGAUAAUAACUUUUAUCUUUAGGGCUCAAUUAAAGUUAAUUAGUGGUUCCCAAACUAUUCUGCCUGGUCUGCUACAGAAGCAUAAAAAAAAAUUAUUUUUGGAUUUAUUUGUUUAGUGAUGUGAUGGCUCAAAAUUGUGUAAAUUGUUUGGGGAUUUAUGUCAGGUGUCAUCUAUUUAUUAACUACACCAACUUAAUUAAUCACCAUCCACGUCCUGCAACUGUCAGGCAGGCUGAUAUGGAGUUCCUUGGACAAAAUCUUGAGACAUUGAGAUUGGGAACCACUGGAUAUAGUUUCCUUUUAAAAAUAAAUAAACUGUAAUCCACAAUAUCUUCUCUUUAAUUUUGUAAUUCCUCGAAUAGCCUCCCCUUUAACUUAACAUUUAAAAAAAAAAAUUCUUUGUAUAGUCCCAUUACUGCUGAAAACAAGGGCCAUAAACUCUUAGCCAAAAUGGGCUGGAAAGAAGGAGAAGGUCUGGGGAAGGCAAACAGUGGAAUAGCUGAGCCUGUGAGUACUUGUUGCACUACUAUGUUGAACAUUAGAGUUUGAAGGUUUCUUUAAAAUUAUGGUAAUUUGAUAAAUUUUCUUAUAGAUCAAUGCAACUUGUGAUAAAUCCAGUUGAAUUAUCAACAAUGUGUAAUUCCUUCUUAUUUGUUCAGAUCAAUGUCGAGAUGAGACUCAACCGGAGUGCUGGACUGGGCUCUGCGUCAGAUGUCUCCCUGUCUUUAGAUAAGGUCCACAACGUCAACAAAGCCAAGAGGUGGACGCAGGCCAAGGAGAGGUAUAAAAGGUUGGAACAACAGCCUGUCGCUGUCGCUGAGGACCGUUUGACUCCAUCCAGUAAACAAGUGUUACAAAACUCAAUCAAGCCAUCAAAGUGUGUUACGAAUGCAGAUUCAGACAUGCAGGACCAACCAAUCAUUGCAGAUAGCCCAGCUCGUAUGGGUCUCCUACAAGGUAGUAGGGAUCCCUAUGAAUCAUGUUAUGACUCCACACCAGCUCACUCGAGAUCAUCGACUAACCGUCCAAAAAUGUCCUGGGUGAGUGGUGGCACUGAACAGGUUGGGCUUGUCCUGGAACCUAACACUCUACAACAGAUUCCAGGGGAAGCACUAAUUGAUCAGGAUUCUUAGCCUUUUCGACUUGCCUCUUACCAACUUAGUAAUAUUUCAGUGAUGUGCCUGUGGGUUAUAUUCCAGCAAUAUAACAUAGCCACUAAGCAGUGGUGUAGGGGCAAAGUAAUUAGUGCAAAGCAUAUAUGUUGUGUUGGGGACGUCAAGUAUUUAUGACACAAGACUUGAAGAUAUGUUAUAAAUUCAUGAAUAUGCAGCACUUUUACAUUUCUGUUUACUUGAGAAUCCCAAUUCUGUGACUUUUACAUUUCCGUUCAGGCUAAAAAAAAAUAAUAAUCGUUUAAAUAUGAUUUACAUAACGGGGGUAAGCUGGACUCUGGAGAUUCAGAUUACUGGUGCAAUUUUGUUCACAUCAUCCUCAUUAUUACAAAUGGUGUUACAGCGCAGGAAGGGCUCUGGCCUGCUCCUCCAGAUACUUCCAUUCAGACCGAUCCAUGACUUUGGGACUCCAUGCAUGGACCCUGCUGUGAUGAAAAUUCAUCUUCACAUCAUCAAUCCAUCUCAGUAUUGGUCAAACCGAUAAGCCAUCUUCCCCUCAGUUUCUAUAUGUAAACCACUUUUGCUCCCUUAUGUUUUGCAUCAUCAUUACGAUACAAAACUGUCAGUCCAUAACUUUUAACGGGUAGCUGCCUUGGACACUAGCUGAACAUUCAGUCCAUAGCGCUAACUGGUAGCUGCCUCGACAACUAGCUGAACAGUCAGUCCAUAACACUAACUGGUAGCUGCCUCGACAACUACCGUUAAUUAUGAAUCUCCAAGAAGCUAAAAUUUAAGAAAGACCAAUGAAUGGCUCUUGUGUUCAUUUUAAAUAUCUGUAAGCCACAGAGCAGCAUGGUUGUAUAAAAGAAUGGGGGGGGGGGGGGCGGAGGAUGGUAAAACCCUGACAUGGCUCUACAGGAGUAAUUAAGCUAGCAGUGAUAAGCAGAUAGGCUAGCAGUAAAUCAUCUAUUGCUAUAUGAAUUAGAAAUCUUGCAACUAUUCAGCCAUAUCAGUGCGGCUAUAUAACUGAAUGGGUCACUCAUAGAGAUGUGGAUAUUUCUAUGUGACAAGGUCUUUUGCUGUCUUCACUAAGAAGCUUGUUAUGAAUGUAAGACAAGAAGGAAUUUUAUUUUUCCAGAGAUUAGGCCUACUUACCGUGUCCAACAUUCAUUUAUAACAUGUUACAUUUUUUCAUAGCGUUGAUGGAAAUU